GAGACGUGCACUAACCUCUGAUCAGGACGAAGACGACUCUGAAAUUGCUAUAAACCACCGCGAUACAGUACGGACCAAUAUUGCCCUUAGACCCUUCCCCGUGAGCUCAAAUAAAAUCAAGACUGCACAUCGGUGUAGCCCUCAGUCGUCUUCGGAGAGCAUGAAGUCCAAGCGAGCUUCGGACGAUAGCGAUGGAGAGCACGGGCGAAGAGCCAAGAGGCACAAAGAAGAAAAAUUAAGGCUGAUUCAGGGUGCAGAUGAAUACCUGGAUGAGGACUCAUUUGAAAUAGACAGAAUGCUUGAUCCUUCUACAGUUUGCCCGUACUGCGAUGAACCACUGCCGCGUAAUCCAACUCCACAACUGAUGAAUCUCUUGGCGGCUGCGAAACGGAAGUCAUACCCAGACCCGCGUCCUCGAAAUUCUCGCGGGCUCAAAGCUCCUCUAGGAAUUUACAUCGCAGCUUGUCAGCGACAUCACUUCGAAACGCAUUCCUUGCCUGAAGCUAUGGAGAAGGGAUGGCCACAAAGUAUCGACUUCAAGAAGGUACCGAAGAGGAUUGAGAAGAUGAGGGGCGCGCUUGAAGCUAUAAUCAGCGAUUGCCGCAUCCACAAUGACAAUGAGGAUUCUGUGGAUGAUGAUGCCAAGGGUCUUCCAGCACGAAGUGACUUUUGGAGAGAAAUCAAGAAGCAGAUCAAGAAACAAGGCAGUCGGACGGUUACUGGUGUGAAGGGCCAGUUUACCAGCUUCGAAAAGACUCAACCUGGAUACUAUGGUGAACUCGGCUUGUUGAUCAUACAUCAAACACUCUACAAUCUCUUCCCCUUGUCAUCAUUUGAACCUUCCUCGAUAGCCCCUCUCACACCUGCGGAGUUCAUUCAGCUCGUACUGAUCCCCGAAACUGCAGUAGGGCUCAUCAUGCAAGACCUUUGUCUCGACAGGGACGACGCGAUUGUGACCCUCCGUGAAAGCUCACAGUAUGGCGUUGCCAUGUUCCCCGAUACCGGUUUUGGUAAGGGCGCGGCAAUCGGUGAUGAUGAUAACGACGAUGAGGGUGUUGCGGAUCGCAUUGUUAUGGAACGUGCCAAAGCCAGAAGGUUGGAGCUUGAGGAAGAAGAGAAGCUUGAGGAGCAGAUGUGGAAAGAGGAGCAGAAGAAGCGUAAGUGCGCAGCACAGAUGGAGAGGAAAGAGAAAGCUCGCCAGCGGGCAGAGCAACUGAAGAAAUCGAAGGAGCUUGCGCGGCAUUCCUCUCGUGAAGUUAGCGAAGCGAGCGAGUCGGCAACCCGACGCAGGCCGUUGAGGAACACUGUGAAACCUGGGUCAGGAACAGCUACGGACUCUGGGACCGACGACAUGUCUGUGUAUAGUUCGACGAGCCGGCGAUCUACGCGCUCUAGGACAGGCGCUAGGAUGAUAUACCGCACCACUUCUGCCAAGUCUGAUUCUUCCAACAUGCAGAUUUCUGAUGACAACACCAUAGAGAUCAUGGACGAAAAUGAACAGCCACGAGUCAGACGGUCAACCACGCAUGCAGUUCUUAGUGCCAAUGAUAUUGGCCAACACUCUGAUGCUGCAUCGCCGUCGAAAACAAAAACUCGCACCAGGCGGUCGAAGAAUCUCAAAGGCAACGAUCAUGACACAGAUGUGGAUGUCAGCAAUACGCCUUUGAAACCUGUUCCCGAGAUUGACGAAGAAUCUACUCCGCGGCCACAUAGGUCGAAAGUUCCAACUGUACUACGCCCGCAUCCUACUUUAUCUGGAGCUACGACUGCAAUUAAACUUCCUCUCCAAGUUGCUAGAUCGAGAACAACAACAAGUGCCACGUCGGACGAGUGGCGUAACAAUCUCAUGCCUGGUGCUUCCGAAGCUGAGGAAUCGGAUGACUCGCAAGCAAUCCAAUCGUCCUUGGACAGUCAUGAUUGGCUACUCCGUUCAACAUCGUCGUCGUCAUCAUCAUCGCCGUAACGACAAUACUAUUGCACCGUCACCGACUAUCUCUUGCAAGGCUACAUAGUAUUAAUUUUCAUUGACAAGGUCGAUGCCUUGAUGUGCAUUGCAAUCAUCGAUUGGACCAGUUUCACAUAAUUACUUACUGCUAGACAUUCACGAUUACCAGUAUGUACAAAGUCUUACCUAGGUGUCUACAGAUCCAUCCAUAGUAACAUAC